AUGCGUCACGGAUAUACAUGGUUUUGUGAUAAGGAUAGAGAUAUCUCAGCUUUCAACUCUGUAUAUAUUGUACAAAAUCUCCCACGCCACUCUACCGGCCCUAUCUCUACACAUCAACUCAUGGGACUCCCUGGCCCCCCUAACACGUCAGCAACAGCAGUUUUCGAGGACUCCAAGGAAAGCCCUUCACUUCAACCCUCACGCCAUCCGCAAAUUUUCUAUCACAAUUACAGUCACAAUAAAAAUCACACAUUUGGGUGA